AUGAAGCUCUGUCCCUGUCAGGUACUGAUCCCGGCAGCUGCUUCGUCAUCGUCUCUGUCGAAGCUUUACCUCUCUUCGCCAAGGGAGGACGCAUGUUGGAGCAUCUGCACAGAGGCGCUGGCCCGCUUCUUCGCUGGCAAGUCGAGCGUCCUCGACCUUUCGCAUCUUCAACUUCCAGAGCCUUUGGUCCAGGCUGUCGCUAUCGCCGCCGGCUGCGUGAAAGACAUCGAGCUGUUGCUUUGUGGUGCUCCAGACAGCAGUUCUCUGCUCAAGGCAUUGGGCGCGCUUCCGGCCUCGCUCCUGCACAAGCUGAAUGCAUCAGGAAACGCUAUGCUCGGAGAUGAUGGAAUCAAGGCGUUGGCCGAGUGCAUUAAGACCGCCCCGCUCCACACCCUCAGCCUUGCGAACACCGGCAUCGGCACAGCGGGCAUUGAGGCACUGGCUAUGUGGUUGAACUUUGCCAAAGGUCUACAGGCGCUGGACCUGUCAGAAAAUCCCGGCAUCGCAGAUGACGGAGCCAAGGCUUUGGCCGACUGGGUCGAGAGCAUCUCGCUCCAGACCCUCCGCCUCGCGAAUACCGGCAUCGGCACUGCAGGCAUUGAGGUGCUGGCUAUGAACCUCAUGGAAGGUCUACAGGUGCUGGAUCUAUCGAACAAUCCGGGGAUAGCAGAUGACGGAGCCAAG